AUGGCGCCCUUUGCCAUCCGCAACCUCACAACUCAUCCAAUCGAUCUCGUCCAUGUCGAGAGAUUCGAGGCCGAGAAGAUGAAGCAGGCAAGAAACGGCCUGUCAAACGUGACGACUGCCAUUACAGGUUUCCUGAAUGCCACCGAGACAAUCAAGCACCAGUUCCAUCCCAGAGGCGACUCCAUCAGGAACGAUGACGUUUCCGUUCGUGUCGAGCCUUUCCAGAUACGACCGACCGACAUCCAGGCUGCUGAUCCGGGAAAAGAGAUUGUGCGAUUGACCUUUGAAACUGAACAGCAUCGGUAUCAAACGGAUGUUCCGAGCCCUAGCUCCAAAUCGGCCGUCAUGAAGAAGCUGGACGACGGGCCUCACGAGCUGACGGUUGUGUAUAUUCCCACGGACCCUUUGAUCGCCAUCUUCUCGUCCGCAAAACUAAAUGCAUGGAUGGGUGAGCUGGACGACGAGUGGCCGCUCAGCGUCCUCUCCAUCCCCGGCACUCACAACUCUCCCACUUGCCAUACCGCGCUGCCCUCGGUGCGUUGCCAGGCCGUCGGUGUUCCCCAACAACUGCGCAACGGCGUCCGUUUCCUUGACGUCCGCGUCUCGGCCAGUAAAGACGACGACGUCCUCACCCUUGUGCACAGCGCGUUCCCCAUCUCGCUCACCGGCAGCAAGUAUUUUGCGGAUAUGCUCCAUGACAUUUACAGCUUCUUGGAAGAGAACCCUAGCGAGGCGAUUAUAAUGAGCGUCAAGCGAGAAGGCACAGGCAAGGCCAGUGACGGGCAGAUGGCAAGGUACCUCAAGCACGGCUACCUUGACAAACAACAAGACCGCUGGUGGGUAGAACCCAAGUUCCCCACCUUGGGUCAAGCUCGUGGUAAGAUCGUCCUGGUCCGUCGAUUUGGUCUUGAAGACGAAAUGGCAGAGCAUGGUUACGGCAUCGACGCUCAUGAAUGGCCCGACAACUGCGAGGAUGGUGUCGGCGGAAGCGGCGCAUUCCGUAUCCAGGAUUUUUACGAAAUCAGCGAGAGUCAGAAUAUUGAAAAGAAGAUCGAGUACAGCCACGGGCAACUAGAGCGGGCUGCUGAGCAGGCCUUUGCCCUGGCCGGAAUGCCAAACUACAAUGCCGAAGCUCAUCCGCCCCCCUUCUUCAUCAACUUCCUCAGCGCCAGCAAUUUUUUCAACGCCACCUGCUGGCCGGAGCGAAUCGCCGCCAAGGUCAAUCCUGCCAUCAUUGAAUAUCUUUGCGGAUCGCAUGGCGAAGAGGGAAAAGGCCGCCAACAACUCAAGAUUGGCACUGCUGGAACUGGCAUUGUCAUUACUGACUGGGUUGGCGCCAACGACGACUGGGAUCUUAUCCGUUGUAUCGUGGGCAUGAAUGCGCGUCUUCAAAUGCAACCACAAAAAGGAGAGCUAUAA